ACCGCUGCUUGGCGGUCCCCGCUACCUCGGGGCAGACGGACGCACCGCCAGCACCGCCGGCUCCGGGAUGAGCGCACGGACGGUAUUCUGAAGUCUCAGGAGGCUGGCCUGUUUAAAUGUCCGCAACCCAUGAGAAGGACUUAUAAGAAGCCAUGGCACUCCCUUUUCAAAAAGAGCUGGAGAAAUACAAGAACAUUGAUGAAGAUGAGCUUCUUGGCAAACUCUCAGAAGAGGAACUGAAACAGUUGGAAAAUGUUCUUGAUGACCUGGAUCCCAAGAGUGCACUGCUACCAGCUGGAUUCCGACAGAAAGACCAGACCCAGAAAGCAGCCACCGGCCCGUUUGACCGUGAGCACCUCCUCAUGUACCUGGAGAAGGAGGCUUUGGAACAGAAGGACAGGGAAGACUUUGUGCCCUUCACCGGAGAAAAGAAAGGGAGAGUCUUCAUCCCCAAAGAAAAGCCCAUAGAAACUCGUAAAGAAGAAAAAGUGACCCUUGACCCAGAACUGGAAGAAGCUUUGGCCAGUGCCUCCGACACCGAACUCUAUGAUCUUGCAGCUGUUCUCGGGGUACACAAUUUACUCAACAAUCCAAAGUUUGAUGAAGAAGUGACCAGCGCUAAAGGUGGCAAAGCGCCUGUGAGAAAUGUGGUCAAAGGUGAGAAGGUCAAGCCAAUAUUUGAGGAACCGCCCAAUCCUACUAAUGUGGAAGUGAGUCUGCAGCAGAUGAAAGCCAAUGAUCCCAGCCUGCAAGAAGUCAACCUCAACAACAUUAAGAACAUUCCAAUUCCAACCCUGAAGGAAUUUGCAAAAGCUCUGGAAACCAACACUCACGUAAAGAAGUUCAGCCUGGCUGCAACCCGUAGCAAUGACCCUGUGGCAAUUGCUUUUGCAGAUAUGCUGAAAGUGAAUAAGACCUUGAAAAGCCUCAACAUCGAAUCCAAUUUCAUCACUGGGACUGGGAUCCUGGCCCUGGUGGAGGCAUUGAGAGAGAAUGACACCCUGACCGAGAUCAAGAUCGACAACCAGAGGCAGCAGUUGGGAACGGCUGUGGAGAUGGAAAUUGCCCAGAUGCUCGAGGAGAAUUCAAGGAUCCUCAAGUUUGGAUAUCAGUUUACCAAGCAAGGGCCUCGAACAAGGGUGGCAGCCGCCAUCACAAAGAAUAAUGACCUGGUUCGUAAAAAGCGAGUUGAAGGAGACCGAAGGUAAACUUCUGCAAGAGAAGGCAGAGUUGUACCAUGGUGGCCAUUGAAAAAGAAGCAAGCAAAAACUCUUCUCCUUCCCCGUCAGGACCAUUUUACCCAAGGUUGUGCAUUUCCGUUAACCACCCAGCUAAUCAUGUAAUUGUUGUUCUUUUUUAGCACUACUUAUUUAUCUUGGAUUUUUUAAUAUAUACAGUUGUC